AUGCCAACGAUGUGGCUUUCAGAAACGCAGAAAAUUGGAGCAAUCUUCUGCACCGGUGGCGGUCUGUUUCUAUUCGGAGGCGUGCUUAUGUUCUUUGAUCGAUCAAUGCUUGCCAUGGGCAAUAUCCUCUUCCUCAUCGGCCUCACCCUCAUAAUCGGUAUCCAAAAAACGAUCGCAUUCUUCUCUCGCCCACAAAAACUCAGGGGCACCGCUGCUUUCGCCGGCGGGAUUCUACUUAUUCUCUUCCGAUGGCCUCUGAUCGGCUUCUUUGUUGAAUUGUACGGCAUAUUGAUUCUGUUUGGAGACUUUUUGGUGACGAUUGGUCAAUUUGUGGGUGGUGUUCCCGUCAUUGGGCCCUACAUUCAACAAGCUUUGAAUACGUUGGCGGGACAGAGGAGGAAUGCGGAGUUGCCUGUUUGA